GCACGAAACGGACAAGCGGCGAGAUAUUCGGAGCGGAGAAGCAAAAGAGAAACAGAGUUUAAUUUCCUUCAAAAAAUUUGAGCGGGAAUUGAAUUGACAGUUUCGUGAUGAAAUCGAACACAGAAACCCUUGCAAGGCCAAAACGCCGCCGUCAACGACCCAAAUCAUGGCCUAUUACAUUCUCCCCUUUCGCUCGCUCUCUCGCUCGCAUGCAUUCUCUACACGCGCCCAAGCGACGCUCUCAAAACCCUAACCCCACUCGCCCUGUUAUGAAACCCCAAUCGUCGCAGUCUUCUCACCAUCAUUUGGAUGGAGUUGUGGGAGAAGAUUUUUCCAAACCCGAACAUUCCGAGUCUUCAGGCGAGGAUUCUGAUGGAAUUGUCCAAGCCGAUUUUUCAUUUUUCGAUCCCAAACCUGAUGAUUUUCAUGGAGUGAAGACCUUGUUGCAAAACUAUCUUUACAAUGAAGAAUGGGAUUUGAGUGACUUUGUAGAGUUGAUUUUGGAGCAGACCACCGUUGGGACUGUUGUUAAGAUAGAGGAUGAUGAGGAUGAAGGAAUCUUUGCUCUUGUUACUGCCCUUAAUUUCUAUAGAUACCGGGAGCAUAGAUGCAUUGUGACACUCAAGGAUUUUCUUCUCCAUAAAGCUCACCAAGAGAAGGGUGUCGUUGACAAGUUGAGAUUGCUUUUGGUGGAGCAAGAACGCGAUGUAGCUCUCCUGGUAUCUCAGCGCAUGGUGAACCUUCCUCCCCAGCUUUUGCCACCACUUUAUGAUGCCCUUUUUGAUGAAGUUUUGUGGGCCACAGAAGAUGAGCCAACUGAGGAGCUCCGAAAUUCCUUCAAGUUUAAGCAUUACAUAAUACUUAGCAAAGUUUAUGUGCUCAAGAAGGCAGCACAGAAUGAUAGUGAGGAGAGAAUAAUUUAUUUAAAUCUUGAGGAUGAAAUAUUGCAUAAGUUAAGUUCGUGGUCCUUCUACUUUCCAUUGCAAAGUCAGCAGCUUGCACCUCAUGAGCUUAGGAAUUACAGGUCAAUGGGAUUAAUCAUGGCUGUUGAAGCAGACAAAAUCCCAAAAUUUCGUCAAGAAUUAGCUUCUCUAAUAAAUGAAAAAUGAAGCCAUGUAGAAGCUUCCUGAAGAAUUAGCUUUCUUGAACAUGCAUUUCAACUUAUAUAUUGCAAGGGUUUGAGCUGCCAAAUUUUGAAAUUUGCUUUUCAUUAUUAAUUACCCUUUUGUUCUGGAAUGAUUGUCGUCUAGAUACUGAUGACAACUUCCCCCCAGCUUUUAUGGUAAGCGACCCAGCAAAAUAGUGUGUUCUCCAUUGCAAUGACUAUGAAUACCAUUUAGAAUUAGUACGAAGCUGACUGUGAAUGUUAGUGACAAUUUUGAUUAAAAGAAA